AUGCGCUUCGCGAUCCCAUUCGUUGCUCUCAGCUCCUUGGCUUCGGCCCUGGUAGCGCCUCAGGAUGACUCUUUCUUCCUGGACAACGUGCCUCUCGACAAGAGACAGACAGGUGAUCCCACUUACCAAUGCCAUGCCAAUUGUGGAUACACCAUCCAAAAGGGUGUCGGCGACUACUGCAAGAAUGAAGAGUGGCUCGGUUUGCUCCGUGGCUGCCUUGACUGUGCUCUACAGUACGACAUCUGGAAGAGCUAUGGCAACAAGGUUAGCGCGGCUGCCAAGGCUUGCGGUCUAGAUGCUACUCCCAAGGCUGUGUCUCCCGGCGGCAAUGCCAGCAGCAGCAGCAACGCUGGUUCCGUUGCGCCGUCCAGCUUGGCCCCUCCUGCCCAGCAGUCCAGCCACGCUUCCAGUGUAGCUCCUGUGACUACCUCUGCCGCUGCUACCAGCGCUCCUCGUUCUGCUACUACCAGUGCAGGUCAGCCGGCUCAAACCACCAGUGCUGGCCACUCCAACAACGGCACCACCACCGUUCCCACCGGUGCUGCUGCAGCUAUGAAGCAGCAGCUUCCAUUGGCUGCUGCCGGUGCUCUUCUUGCGGUUCUUGUCAUGUAA